AUCAGUCUGGUCUGUCAACGUCAGUUACACACGUGCGAGUGAACUUUGAUGUUUUAGCUCAUAGUUUAGAAAGUGUAAUUAGUAUUUCUUCUAGGAUUGUAAUUUUGAGACCAUCUCUAUUUUUUAUCAAUUGAAUAAAAUGUCAGACGGACAGUUCAGUGACUAUGAAGAAGAAAUAACCGAAAAGGUUAAGUCGGUGCGGUUUGCUCCUUUACCAGAAAUUAAGAAGCUCAGCAGUGAUGAAGACGAUAUUGAUUCUGAUGACUACUUCUAUGACUCUGAUGAUCCUAGUAAUAUAUCCAAAAAAGAUCAUGCUAACACUCAAGCUCCCUCUAAUAAGAUUUCAAAUUAUCAACCAACUGAAAAAUUAUUCAAAAAAUACAUAAACAAGAUAAAUGUUGACAAAUAUGAGCCUACAUUAUCAUCCAAUGCUGAGAAGUUUUUAGAUCAAAAUGAUAGAAAAAUUGAUAAUGAAAGAAUCAGAGUGAAAGAUAAACAUGACAGAGCCACCGCUGAACAAGUUAUGGACCCAAGGACAAAAAUGAUAUUAUUCAAACUCUUAAACCGUGGCAUUGUUAAUGAAAUCAAUGGUUGCAUAUCUACUGGUAAAGAAGCAAAUGUGUAUCAUGCAACUUCAAAAGAUGGCAGAGAUUAUGCUGUGAAGAUAUUCAAAACAUCCAUCUUGAUUUUCAAAGACAGAGACAAAUAUGUAUCAGGUGAGUAUAGAUUUAGAAAUGGUUAUUGUAGAUCGAAUCCUCGAAAAAUGGUUCGGACAUGGGCUGAGAAGGAAAUGAGAAAUCUUGUUCGAAUGUUUAAUGCACAGUUAAGUGUUCCAGAACCUAUAAUUUUGAGGAGCCAUGUGUUAGUUAUGACAUUCAUGGGUGAAGGAGGUUGGCCAUCACCGAAGUUGAAAGAUGUUGAAAUAUCACAGUCAACUGCUCGUACUCUAUAUAGAGACUGUAUUACAAUGAUGUGGAAAAUGUUUAAUAUUUGUAAAUUAGUUCAUGCUGACUUAUCUGAAUUCAAUAUGUUAUACCAUAAAGGUUCCCUAGUUAUAAUUGACGUUUCUCAAUCUGUAGAACAUGACCAUCCUCAUGCAUUUGAAUUUUUGAGAAAAGAUUGCACUAAUAUAUCAGAUUUCUUUAGAAAAAAAGGUGUAGCUACACUUACAGUGAAAGAACUUUUUGAUUUUAUAACGGAUUCAACUAUAAAUGAGAAUAAUUUAGAAGAAUGCUUAGAAAAAUUGUCAAUAAAGGUGGCUUCUAGAAAUUUUGAAGAAAUGACUGCACAAGAACAAGUUGAAGAGGAAGCUUUCAAAAAUAUAUACAUUCCUAAAAGACUUACUGAGGUUAGUGUUGCACAAAGUAACUUAUUUAAAAUUCGCAGUUGUUUCUUAUAGUUAAAAUAAGCUUGACAUUCUUUCAAGUUGUUUUUCUUGUAGAUUGAACUUUAUAUUGGAUUCAACACUAAACUGAUGAUUGCUUUUCUGUUUUUUUUUUUUAGGUAAUUGACUAUGAGCGAGAUAUUAGUAAAGCUAAAAAAGGUGAAACAGAAGAUCUUACCUACAAAAAGAUUGCUGGUUUUAAUGAAAAUCUUACUGGCACAGUUGAGAGACCGGAGAUCUUACAAAAUGAAAACAUCACUGACACCGCAUCAGGUUCAGACUCUGACGAUGAAGAAGAUGAUGAAGAUAGGAGCAAAUUUAAAAACAGUGCCCGUCCAAGAGAUGAAUCUCCUAACAGCAAGAAAGCUAGAAAGAAGGCAGUUAAAGAUGAAAAAGCAGAAAAAAGAAAAUCCAAAACAAAGAAGCAUGUUAAGAAACGGAGAGACAAGGGUCAUGGCAAGAAAUAAAAUAGUCAAUAAGUAAUUUCAUUUUGUACAAACUACAUAUUUGUAACUCAUAAAUUCUAUUUGUAAAUUGUUUUGGUUUUUGUUUUAUUAUUGUGUAUAUAAAGUUAAGUAGAAUUUAUGUGAGAUUCUUAUUUA